GCCGCAGAGUGAGAACGUGUAUAACGUCGGGCUACAUGGAGACUACAUUGUGAAUAUUUUCCAGUGCUCGUUUCUUUGAAAGCUUCUUAUAGCUUGGUAUUAGUGCAAGAGGUUUGUGAUAGUGGUGAUGUUAUUGUGAUAUCAAAAGGCGAGAAAACUUCUUUGUAUGACAUUUUUAAGAAAAAUUUUGUUCAUGAAUAUCAGUGUCCCAUGCAGACAGUCAGGCCUAUAUUUUUUUCGGGGCAACAUGGGUGCUCCAGAGGACGAUAACAGUUGUAAAUUGACCAAAUUUAAAAAGAUGUCGUCGACGCCUGAGCUGGAUAGAUACGAUGAUGAGGAUGAUAGUGCUGAUGGUGAAGUGACGGGCGGGACUCCUGAGGAUGCUAUAGUGACCGAUGUGCAAAGUCCGACCACGGCUUCGCCCGCUAUGGAUGACGUGAGUGCUGGACCGUGUGCCUUACCUGGACUAAGCGAUGCGACCGUUUCUCCUGCUGGCGAUCCGGUGUCGGCGGAAGCGUCAGCGAUGGAGGUGGCCAAGGGCGUGACGGGCGAGAGGAGAUCCUAUUCUGACGUGCUAAAGAACAUUGUGCCGAACGCCGCGCCCGAUCUUGUUUCUCCUGUCGCAGUGAAGGACACUGAUAACAGAGUGGCUGGCGAGGGAGAGGACUCGAGUGAGAGAGAUGCCUCCUCUGGCCCGGGUGCCGUGCCCAGUGCUGUGGCUGAAGUGACCGAAAGUAUGACAGACAGUCCUUGUGACGAGCGGGUGAGUGACAGUGCCAACCUAGAGUGCCACGAUUGCAAAGACAGUCCAGUAGAGUCGGAGGUCUGCCAGAACACGCCAAACCCUGACGAAGGCGACGACCCGGGCCGCGCCGCCCUCGAGUCUAGUUGUGUAAAUACCUCCGAGAAAGACCUUGUCGCGCUGACGGAGACCAUGAACGAGUGUCAGAGCUCGGACGACAUGGACUCCCUCGGCCUCAGUGACAUCGAGGACAACAGGAGCUCUUCCACCCAGUCCUCCACCCCCACGCCCUCAUCUAACAGCGCGUCCGCCUCAAAUACGCCCAAGUCUAACACUCCGACGCCCACAUCCGCGCCCUUGGAUCUAUCGGACAUCCUGCGUGUUAGCGAGGAUAUACUCUCUCAGACCCCCGGCAUGACUCUCGACCUUCUCCAGCGGCACCUGGAGAAGGGCGGGUCCCUGCUGCAGGAGGCGGCGGCGCCCUCGGCCGAGACGGAGCCCAGCGUCAGGGAGUUGGCAAGGGCGCUCCACCUCCACCUGACGCAGUUCACCGAGCGCCUCCACCACACCCGCGACCGCCUCGAGGACACCGCGAGAUGCUACCACCUCCUGGAUAAGUCUUAUGAAUGGGCCCUGGAAGCCAUGAAGGUUGUGGGGCGAGUGAAGGGCGAAGGCCUGGCGUCCCCCGAGCAAGUGGGGUCCGCCGCCCGCGCCCUGUCAGCCUACCUGGAGGAACACCCGCCCAUUGCUGAUGACACCUUCACGGCCAUGAACACGCUAGCAACAAGACUCAACAAUCAUACCCUUCUGCAGCAAUGCAAGAUGGCACAGAUGCGAUGUCAAGAAACUUCGGAACUUCUACGUAAUCGACAAGCUAUUCUACAGAAAGCAAAACGGCAAAUGGAAUUCGACUGUCAGAGCUUUGUUGACCUCGGUGAAAUAUUAGGAGGAGGUGAAGACAUGUCUCCCUUGGCUUGGCUGGCUUCCUCGCCCCUCAAUGCAUCAGGUCGCAGAAGAUCAGUCUCGUCCGUUGGUUCGCGGCCAAGAGAAUCAUUAUCACGAUGUCCGUCGCUGGAUACAGAUGAUGACUCGGUGUUCUUGGACCCCCCGCCGCCCCCACCUCCUGCCAAAACGCCCCUAGAAGCCCGCACUAGCUUGGGUGGCAUCAAAGAAGUCAGGGAAAGUGCCGAAGACCUUCAGCAAAGCUCCACUCUCCCUACGUCCACAUCACAAAAAUUAACUACUUCUACAUCUGGAGUAACAACUUCUUCAUCGGGUUCUAGUGGUACAAGUGGCAGCAGUUCCUGUUCGUCCAGUGAGAGUUCUGGACCCGUCAGCAUAAAUAAAAAGUUCAUGAAAAGAGCCAACACGUGGCAGUUUGGUCUUGUUCCUAAAGAGCAUGCAGAUGAAAACACAAGCCUUGAUGAUGGAGGGCUUCUAUCCCCAUCAAGUCACAAGACUUUACCUCCGUCUUCAUCUGUCAAUUCCCACUUGCUAAUUCGUGGUUCACAGUUAAACCUUUCAAUCAACACUGAAGAUCUGACACAAGCAGAAGUGAAGAAAAACAAAACUCUAUUGCUGAUUAUGAGGGAACUUAUCCAGACCGAGAGAGAUUAUGUAAAUGCACUUGAGUACAUAAUAGAGAAUUAUAUCCCUGAACUGAUGAGAGAAGACAUACCCCAAGCUCUUAGGGGGCAACGCAAUGUCAUAUUUGGGAAUAUAGAGAAGAUCUAUGAAUUCCAUUCCGGGUAUUUCCUCCGUGCUCUAGAGGCUUGUGAGAUGCGGCCUUUUUCAGUUGGCUCCAUAUUCUUGAGAUAUGAGAGUCAGUUUUAUCUCUAUGCCCUUUACAACAAAAACAAACCCAAGUCGGAUGCCCUGAUGUCAGAAUAUGGUUCAUCCUUUUUCCGAGCAAUGCAACUUGAAUUGAAAGACCGAAUGGAUCUUGCGUCUUAUCUUCUAAAGCCUGUUCAGAGAAUGGGCAAAUAUGCUCUAAUCCUUAAGCAGCUGCUGAAAGAGUGUGCUCGAGGUGAUGAACAUUAUGAAGACCUCCAGUCUGCACAGGAAAUGGUUCAAUUCCAGCUACGUCAUGGCAAUGACCUCCUUGCAAUGGAUUCCCUAAGAGACUGUGAUGUGAACCUUAAGGAACAGGGUAGACUUUUAAGACAGGGUGAAUUCAUGGUAUGGGAAGGAAGCAGAGCAAAGAAAUCAAUCAGGCAUGUCUUCUUAUUUGAAGAUUUGAUACUCUUCAGCAAAGCUAGAAGAGACCCAGAAAAGAAGACAUUGGACAUUUUCCAAUACAAGUACAGUAUGAAAAUGACAGACAUUGGCCUAACAGAACAAGUUGGAGACAGCACAACAAAGUUUGAGAUUUGGUUCCGGAAAAGGAAACCAUCUGAUACUUAUCUUCUGCAAGCACACAAUGCUGAGAUGAAGGAAGCUUGGACUGAAGAAAUUUCAAAGCUGCUAUGGCGGCAAGCUCUGCGGAAUAGAACCAUGAGGCUCCAUGAAAUGUCAUCCAUGGGAAUAGGAAACAAGCCUUGUUUGGAUAUCCGUCCCAGUGAAGACCAAAUCAGUGACAGGUCCAUCAGUAUCAACCAGCUGAAUAAAGCACCUCGUCUUCGCUCUGGGUCCAUAUCAACAAUUGGUGAAUUGAAUGGAGUUGGAAAGAGACCUCAUUCAAUCAUUUCUGUAAGCUCUUCCUCUGCCUCAUCAUCUGCUUCUUCUGCUUCUUCUACUCACUCAUCUACAGUCUGUCCCACACAUGUUGGUACCCUUAACUUGGGGUUUGAACCUGGAGAUUCACCAAGAGCCUUGCAUCGCUCUGUGACAAGGACAAGUCAGUGCUCUGCAGAGAGUGGGAUCCUUGCUGAUAUGUACUCAGGAGGAGAUGAAGACACGCAGUCACAUCGACGUGUGGAAAGGUCAAAUUCAACAGUGACUACCAUAUCUGUUGAUUCUGCCCUCUCUCCAGUCCCUUCUACAUCACCUGUCUCUCCAGCUGCACCCACAUCUCCUUCUCUUACAACUGUCCUUCCCUUCACUGGAACUUCUGAUGUGAUUUAUGAAGUACCCCCAACACCAUCAACUUCAACAAAAGACUCUACAGCUAAGACGCUUCUCACAACAGAGGUUUAGUGAGAAGCCUCCCUGGUCUGUGCAGAUCAUGCUGAAGGAGCCAUUAGGAUUAUUCUGUAUUUAUUGAUAGCUCAUAUGUACAAAGACUAUAGCUGUUAUUAUAUUAAUGAUAUCAUUAUGUAAAUAGCUUGGCAAUAAAACUAUGAUAAAUAUAUUUAGUCACCAUUUUUGUCUUAGCAAAACCCACCAGUGCUUUGAUUAUGCUAAGUCUGCUUUUGUAUGUAGAGUAGUGAUGCCAAAUAACCUUAUUCCUACGUAAUCAUAUCUGGAUCACUUGAUUUAGACUGUUAUGUGUACACAAGUCAUUUAUUCCUGCUUCUGAUGCUCCUAGAAAGUGCCUGUGACUAACAAACUCAAGCACAUUGAACUAAUGUAAGUCUUCUUGAUUUGAAGUCUAGCAGCUCUGUCUUCCAUGUAGCACCAUGUAGUGUGAUGUAGUAAUGAGUUUUGGACAUUUCUUUUGGAAAAGCUUAUUAGUUAUUUGAGACAUCACAAUUCAUCACGUGAAUUGCUGUUGUCGGACAGUAGUGUUUAAUGGUGCUACUCUGCCGACUUACAUGAUUUAUUUUCUUAAACCUUUAUUUUGUUUUCUUUUUAUUACUGUAUAUAGUAGACAAAAGAGCAUUAUCCUAAACCAGGAUGUAUCUAACUGUCUAAAUACAAGUGAUGUUUAAGGCAUUUUCUUUUGAAUACUAUCAAGAAAUUUAUGCUUAUUCUGUUAGUGUCCUGUAUUUAUCAGGAUAAUCUUCUCUACAAUUUUGCUCUUACUUUCCAUUGUAAAUAUCAAUUUGGAAACAAUAUAGAGUGAUGUUGACAUUGUGAGAAGCAAAUUCUGUAUAGUAUAAGUUCAUGAAAUUUGAGCUUACAACAUGUAACUAAUCCAGCUUGGUAUAAUAUAUGAACAUAUUUUUUGGGAUACAUUAUAAGGUGUCAUAAACUUGGUUGUCCUGUUUUUUGACUGCUAUUCAUCAGUUAUUCAGUGAUUUGCUGCAUGACAUACCAUGAAGUACCUUGCAUUUUGUACAUAAUAUUUUUUUAGAUAAUAUUUUAUGUUGUUUUGUAAUGUAGACAUACAAGUCCACUUAAUAAGUCAUUACUUGCAUGUUGCAUUAAAUCUAUAUUAAUAUUUUUCAUUGCAACUGCUGAUGCAAUACAAAUAAUCUGUCAGUGCCACAGUGUCAGUUGACUUACUCUUCACAUUACUCUUUACUUGUACUAUAGUUCUGACUGACUUGUUUAUAUUUUUUCUACAUUAUUUUGUACAUAAAUUUUUGUUUUCUUUAUUGAGUUUGGCUUAUUUUCUAAUGAUUUACCUCUGUCAUCACUGAAUAAAAUCUUUUAAAUAA